AUGCCCUCCUCAAUCAGUCCCGCAGAUCAGGUCAAGCAAGUAUGGACAUCCGACGACGACACCAUGGCGAAGCAAACGGCGACUACGCGGUGGCCAAAGAUUGUCCAAGGUACGAUCGAUGACGUUAGGCAAACCGCUGCACAAUCGAGUUGCGCUGCACAACAAGAGGAGAGGUUCGCGAUCCAAUCCGCACUCAAGGAAAUGAAGGAUGAGAUGCUACAGAACAAAACCUUAUCGCGUCUUCCAGCAGACGGAGGAGGUGACAUUGAAGGGUACAACACGCGAUUAGCUUAUUUGGGCGAUAAAGUCACCUGGAAUGCUGCCCCGUGGCUGUUUUGUGAAUGCUAUCUUUACAGGCGCAUACAAACAAUCUUCGCGAGGUCGAGGCAUUGGCAGACUUACGAUGUCUUCAAACGACAGAAAGACUCAACAUUCGCCAAGUCACGAGCAGCAGUCGAGGAGCUCGCAAGUCGGUACAUGCACAUUAUUACCGACUCGAGCCUCGCGGCGGAUGGAGUCACGGAUGAUGAAGCAAAGAAGCUCCUCUUCGUAGAGAUGACCGAGAUUGCUCUAUGGGGAAACGCCACGGAUCUGUCGCUCCUGAGCAACCUUAGCUUGGAACAGAUACAAAGCCUCCAGGGACGGGAAGCCAUCGCAAAGUCCCAACGCAACAUUGUAGACAACGAUACGGACCAAGUCUGGAUGUAUCUUAUGCAUACGCCAAGGUCGAGCCGCAGAAUCGAUAUCGUCUUGGACAAUGCUGGCUUCGAAUUCUUCACGGAUGUGCUGUACGCUUCUUAUCUGCUCGAAAGCGGACUUGCGUCUUCUAUCAGGUUUCACGUUAAAGACUUCCCAUGGUUCGUCAGCGACGUAACGCCUGCGGAUGUAGAUUCGCUGUUCUCCCAUUUGCAGUCGCCGGAAAUAUUUCCCAACCGCGAGUAUCUCGAUCGGCUGCUCCGGAGACUUAGCAAGCACUUCGACUCGGGCGCUCUCACCGUCAUCCAACAUCCAUUCUGGACGGCAGGGUGCUCUUUUCACAAGAUGCACUCGCAAGCGCCUGAUCUUGUCGAAGACCUCAAAGCUAGUAGCCUUAUCAUCUUCAAAGGGGACCUGAACUAUCGCAAGCUCGUGAAAGACGGCUUAUGGCCACACACCACGCCAUUCAAGGAUGCCCUUGGUCCACUUGGUGCCAAGAGCGGGCUGAAGAUCCUCGCGCUGAGAACGAACAAGGCGGAUGUUUGCGUUGGGAUUGACAGCCAAAGCAGGGUGGAUGCUUUGUAUGAGGAAGCACCCCAAGGGGCAUGGAUCAGGAACGGAAAGUACGCGGUCGUCUCGUUCAGCGACGGGGAAUAA